AUGGGUAACCCAAUUGCUUCGACAUUUGGUGUCUGGCUCACAAUCAUUUGGUUACAGGCACUGCUUCGCAUAAGCUCCUUCAAAGAUUUGAGUAGCACCAAGCCUGUGUCGACGUUACAAGCGGCUGCCGCUCUACUUUGCGAUAUUGUCAUUACUGCAGCACUGGUGGUCACUCUUGCCAACCGCAAAGGCACCAUUAAGACACCACCAGUAUAUAUGAACAGUGCACUGGCAACGCUGAACUCACGUCAACAUACAAUAAAGAGGUCUCGCGUUCCGGUAACAACAGGAGAUUCCUCUACUAGGGACUGGAACUCCAUUCCUAUGGGUGCCAUCUCUACUGGUACAGGUUACACUGGUACCCUUCAAGACCCGGAGCAUGAGAGUCACGUCCAUGUGCUUGUUUCUAAGCAGACCAUUGCUGAUAAUGAUCCUGUGAUUACUCUGCCAGAGGAAUACAAGGACACGCCAAACUUUGUCGAUGGAAUGGUGUAG